AUGGGGCUGCUGUCCCAGGGCUCGCCGCUGAGCUGGGAGGAGACCAAGCGCCACGCCGACCACGUGCGGCGGCACGGGAUCCUCCAGUUCCUGCACAUCUACCACGCCGUCAAGGACCGGCACAAGGACGUGCUCAAGUGGGGCGACGAGGUGGAAUACAUGUUGGUGUCUUUUGAUCAUGAAAAUAAGAGAGUCCAGUUGGUCCUGUCUGGAGAAGAAGUUCUUGAAACUCUACAAGAAAAGGGGGAAAGGACAAACCCAAACCAUCCUACCCUGUGGAGACCAGAGUAUGGCAGUUACAUGAUUGAAGGCACACCUGGACAACCGUACGGAGGAACUAUGUCCGAGUUCAACACAGUUGAAGACAACAUGAGAAAACGCCGGAAGGAGGCGACCUCUUUAUUAGGAGAAAAUCAGGCUCUUUGCACAAUAACUUCAUUUCCCAGAUUAGGCUGUCCUGGGUUCACGCUGCCAGAGUUUAAACCCAAUCCACUUGAAGGAGGAGCUUCCAAGUCCCUCUUCUUUCCUGAUGAAGCCAUAAACAAGCAUCCCCGCUUCAGUACCCUAACAAGAAAUAUCCGACACAGGAGAGGAGAAAAGGUUGUCAUCAAUGUACCAAUAUUUAAGGACAAGAAUACACCAUCUCCAUUUAUGGAAACAUUUCCUGAGGAUGAGGAGGCAGCAAGGGCUUCCAAGCCUGAUCAUAUUUACAUGGAUGCCAUGGGAUUUGGGAUGGGUAAUUGCUGUCUUCAGGUAACGUUCCAAGCCUGCAGCAUAUCUGAGGCCAGAUACCUUUAUGAUCAGCUGGCCACCAUCUGUCCAAUUGUCAUGGCUUUGAGUGCUGCGUCUCCUUUUUACCGAGGCUAUAUGUCAGACAUUGAUUGUCGCUGGGGAGUGAUUUCUGCAUCUGUAGAUGAUAGAACUCGGGAGGAGAGAGGACUGGAGCCACUGAAGAACAAUAGCUAUAGGAUCAGUAAAUCCCGAUAUGAUUCAAUAGACAGUUAUUUAUCUGAGUGUGGGGAGAAAUACAAUGACAUCGACUUGACAAUUGAUAAAGAAAUCUACCAACAGCUGCUGCAGGAAGGCAUUGAUCAUCUCCUGGCUCAGCAUGUCGCUCAUCUCUUCAUCAGAGACCCACUGACUCUAUUUGAAGAGAAAAUACACUUGGAUGAUGCCAAUGAAUCAGACCAUUUUGAGAACAUUCAGUCCACAAAUUGGCAGACAAUGAGAUUUAAGCCCCCUCCUCCAAACUCUGACAUUGGAUGGAGAGUAGAAUUCCGACCCAUGGAGGUUCAGUUAACAGACUUUGAGAACUCUGCAUAUGUGGUGUUUGUGGUGCUGCUUACAAGAGUGAUCCUUUCAUACAAACUGGAUUUUCUCAUUCCACUAUCAAAGGUUGAUGAAAACAUGAAAGUUGCACAGAAACGAGAUGCUGUCUUGCGGGGAAUGUUUUAUUUCAGGAAAGAUAUUUGCAAAGGUGGGAACACUGUGGUGGAUGGCUACGGGAAGGUCCAGAACACCUCGGAACUGACCACGGAGGACUACACCCUGAUGAGCAUAGACACCAUCAUCAACGGGAAGGAGGGUGUGUUUCCUGGGUUGAUCCCGAUUCUGAACUCUUACCUUGAAAACAUGGAGGUGGAUGUGGACACUAGAUGUAGUAUUCUGAACUACUUAAAGCUAAUUAAGAAGAGAGCAUCUGGAGAACUAAUGACAGUUGCCAGAUGGAUGAGAGAGUUUAUCUCAAACCAUCCUGACUAUAAGGGAGACAGUGUAAUCACUGAUGAAAUGAACUAUAGCCUCAUCUUAAAGUGUAACCAAAUUGCAGACGAAUUGUGUGAGUGCCCGGAGUUACUUGGACCAGCGUUUAGGAAAGUGAAAUACAGUGGAAGUAAAACGGACCCUUCCAACUGA